UUAUUGUAGGGACAAACAAUUUUUUUAGUCAGGGUCCGAUCCACUUUUGAGUGGUGGGGAAGUAAAGUGGAUGCUCAUUUUGGAAGAAGUCAUUAAGGUGGUUUCUAACUUUCUCGAUCCACUUUUGAAAGACUUCCUUUUGAUCAAGUCACCCUUGGGUAACCGAAUCUGAAUCUAAGGCCCUCUCCUUGAGUCUAGAGUGAUCUCCAACAGAUCUCCUUCAAGGUUGUCUUAGAAGGUCAAAGUAGCAAGCACGGUUCAGCUUCGGGAGCGAGAGUGAGCGCUGUGGAGUCGGUGAUCAGGAGAUGGUGAGGCAUAUGAGUGGAGACCUCUACAAAGAUGCAACAGCAGGAGAUGUUCGUUGGCUACAGUCAGAUAUAGAAUCCGUGGAGAGAAACGAGGAGCUCCUCUCUCUGACACCCGAGCAAAACAAUUGCCUCCACAUAGCAGCAAGGUUUGAACAUGAAGAGUUCGUGCGUGGUGUUCUUAGUCAUUGCCCUUCUCUCCUGUAUCAGCAAAACAACAGAGGAGAAAACCCCCUUCAUGUCGCUGCCAGGGCUGGCCACCUUCAUGUGGUCAAACUCCUUACUGAUUCCUUCCAAUGGCUCCAUCCUCCUCCAAGUUCUCAAAGUAUUGAAAGUAACCCUAGAAAUAACGCAACAGAGGGAGAAGAACAACCAUCAGAAGGAUUCCCGACAGAAGCUGACGAAGGGGAAACUAGAAUUCAAAUUCAAAACCAGGAGAAUAUCACAGCCCUUACCGAUUCCACCCAGCCUCCUCGAAUUUCUCAGAGCCAAAACAUUAGAAAUAGUGCAACAAAUACUGCAGGAGAUGAUAUAAUCACAGAGAGGUCUCAAAGAGAAGCUGAGGAAGGGGAACGGCCUUCAAGUCCAAUACGGUGGAUGACUCAAAACCAACAGAUUAGCACGAACCCUACCGAUUCGGUCCAGCCUCCUCGAAUUUCUCAGAACCAAAACAAUAGAAAUAGUGCAACUACAGAAGAUGAUAUAAUCUCAGAGAGGUCUCUGAGAGAAGCUGAGGAAGGGGAACGGCCUACUCUUCCAAUGUGGAGUACUCAAAACCAGCAAAACACCAUUGGGACUCUUGGAAGUUCUCCAAGUGAAAGUACAGGAGAACGGUCUGACAUGCCAAUAUGGAUAACUCAAAACCACGACGGUAGCACGCCUCUUCAUGAAGCGUUGCGGAGCAAACACGAGGAUGUGGCAAUGCACCUAUUGGAUCUGGACUUGGAACUUCUCGUCGUUGUUGUCAAUGCCAAAGGUGAGAGUCCGUUGUACUUGGCUGCCGAAGCCGGGUUUAUCCGUGUUUUGACUAAAAUCCUUCCGCAAGCCAGGCAAGCCAGGCAUGUUAGCAUUGCUGGUCCGAAGGGUCAGACUCCCAUUCAUGCGGCAGUUUUUGCUGCAAGUUCAGGGAGCAUAAGAGUUCUACACGAAUCAUAUCCAAGACUCAUUAGAAAACGAGAUUCAUAUGGAAAAACAGCUGUAUACUAUGCAACACAAUCAGGUUCUAUUAAGAUACUGCGUCUGCUACUGGAGCUGGAUGCUUCUUCUGCUUACAUAUGCGAUGAUGAAGGGCUCUCACCUCUAUUGAUUGCCGCCAGCGUAGGUCAACUUUCAUAUGUUCGGGCUAUACUCAAUGCCUGCCCUGCCUCAAUUGAGACUUCUGAUAACGGUGGCCGCAAUGCACUUCACAUAGCCGUGCUAAAUUGCCAUUUACGGAAUUUCGAAAAAUUGUUGAGAAUGCCAGAAAUGAAGACCCUUAUCAACGAACCUGACCAUGAAGGGAAUACGCCGCUGCAUCUAGCAAGCAUGGACCAUCAAUAUUCGAAAAUAGACGUGCUGUUAUCUACAAUACGUGUGGACUUGACAAUCAUGAACAACGUCGGGCAGACAGCCUUCGAUCUCUGCAUUCUGAACAACGAACUUUCCGUGACAGGUCGACGGGUAUGUUCGGAAAACAAUAUUCUGCAAGAAUGGGAUUUUUUCUCUUUCUACAUACCAUGGGUUUUAAUAUCGUAUCGGUUCGGUGCAUAUCGUUCUCUUUUCGCUUUGUUUUAUUUUUAUUUUUUAGUUUUAAAGUAUCUACGCUUUCCAGCUGGGGGUUCACGAAUAAUCAAUGCGGACGCCAAGGAGAUGAAACAAGUGGCCAACACCCAAUCAAUUGUCGCAGCACUGCUUGCUACAAUAACUUUUGCGGCAGCUUUUACAAUUCCUGGCGGUUACAAGGCUGAUGGAUCUCCAUUACUCAUACACAAGAAUGCACUUAAAGUCUUCUUUUUAUCAGACUCAAUUGCCUUGUGUUGCUCCAUGGUGGCGCUGUUUCUGCUUCUUAGAGGUACGCUUCACAAAAAUAUUCUACAACAAACGGUGGAUGAGAGUCUAGCACUAAUUUUAGUCGCAAUCUUCGCAACUAUGACUGCUUUUGUUUCCGGUUUACACGCGGUGAUAUCGAUUGAUUCAAUGUGGUUAGCGAUUCUUGUCUGCAUCAUAGGCUCCAGCUUCUACUUUCUUUUCCGAUUGAUGGUACGUUUUGGCGCUUUCUGGACUCCUUCCGACCCCAAAUUGCUGAGGAGACAGAUAACCGGACUCCCUCUCCCACCCCCAAUCAAUAAUUGACAAAAUUGUAUCGGCCCCCACUUUGUGCCCUUCUUUUUUCUACUUGUGGGUGGAAUUCUUUCCACCAAAAUUAUGCUCCCUAAUAAGUUGU